CCUGUCAACUAAUGACUAAUUAUUGUCGACGUCAGCUGUUGUUUAUAGCUGUAGACAGAACUUUUACAUCCUGGAUUCGACAUGAGAGUUUUCAUUUCCAUCAUGUUGACCUGUCAAUUUUUGACCGUCCAUUCGCGUUAUCCCUACGGACAAGGGAAACUACAAGCUUCACCAAACGACAGCAAUAAACAAUAUAAUAUUCUAUGUGCCUUCUGCCGACAGAUGAGAUUUAGAAACUGUAACCUCCAUUGUACUGCAAUUGUACCACGGAGAUCCGAACGUCUCAAUCCCCAGACUGUAUCACGUGUACAACAGAUAUCCGAGCGUCUCAAUCCCCAGACUGUAUCAAGUGUACAACAGAUAUCCGAGCGUCUCAAUCCCCAGACUGUAUCACGUGUACAACAGAUAUCCGAGCGUCUCAAUCCCCAGACUGUAUCACGUGUACAACAGAUAUCUGAGCGUCUCAAUCUCCAGACUGUAUCAAGUGUACAACAGAUAUCCGAGCGUCUCAAUCCCCAGACUGUAUCACGUGUACAACAAAUAUCCGGGACUCUCAAUCAUCAGCCUGAAUCACGUGUACAACAGAUAUCCGGGGCUCUCAAUCCUCAGACUUUAUCACGUGUACAACAGAUAUCCGGGGCUCUCAAUCCUCAGCUUGUAUCACGUGUACAACAGAUAUCCGAGCGUCUCAAUCCCCAGACUGUAUCAAGUGUACAACAGAUAUCCGAGCGUCUCAAUCCCCAGACUGUAUCAAGUGUACAACAGAUAUCCGAGCGUUUCAAUCCCCAGACUGUAUCACGUGUUCAACAGAUAUCCGGGACUCUCAAUCAUCAGCCUGAAUCACGUGUACAACAGAUAUCCGGGGCUCUCAAUCCUCAAACUUUAUCACGUGUACAACAGAUAUCCGGGGCUCUCAAUCCUCAAACUUUAUCACGUGUACAACAGAUAUCCGGGGCUCUCAAUCCUCAGCCUGAAUCACGUGUACAACAGAUAUCCGGGGCUCUCAAUCCUCAGACUUUAUCACGUCUACAACAGAUAUCCGAGCGUCUCAAUCCUCAGUCUGUAUCACGUGUACAACAGAUAUACGAGCGUCUCAAUCCCCAGACUGUAUCAAGUGUACAACAGAUAUCCGAGCGUCUCAAUCUCCAGACUGUAUCAAGUGUACAACAGAUAUCCGCGCGUCUCAAUUCCCAGACUGUAUCACGUAUACAACAGAUAUCCGGGACUCUCAAUCAUCAGCCUGAAUCACGUGUACAACAGAUAUCCGGGGCUAUAAAUCCUCAGACUUUAUCACAUGUACAACAGAUAUCCGGGGCUCUCAAUCCUCAACCUGAAUCACGUGUACAACAGAUAUCCGGGGCUCUCAAUCCUCAGACUUUAUCAAGUGUACAACAGAUAUCCGGGACUCUCAAUCCUCAGACUUUAUCGCGUGUAAAACAGAUAUCCGGGGCUCUUAAUCCUCAGCCUGUAUCACGUGUACAACAUGUACUCGAGCGUCUAAUUUCUCAGACUGUCUCUCCAGUUUAUCCAAAAUCGUACAAUCCAUACCAGGCUGGAUCUAGCAUCCACUAAGUAGUAGCCAGUAAGCCGCUAGAAGAUAGCACUCCCCUAGGAAAAUCAUCAAAGGACCGAGGAUUCUCAUAGAACACUAUUUCAAUUGAAAUCUACCUUAGUAUUUCUAAGGAGAAAAUAACAUUUCUUUAAUUAGUAGUUUCCACCAAUAAUUAGAAUAAUAAUUAGAAAGUGUCCUGAGCAUAAUAGCUCUCAGAAGAGGUGAACAUCAACGACAAAUUUAAUUUACAUGGUUGAUUUGUAAUGUAAGAAUGAAAGUAAAUGAAAUUCGCCUCACA